CGGCAACUGCGUUUACAAGUACUGUGGGUGUGAUUGAUUUGAAGGAGCCAAUUGGUUGAAAAUGACGACUAGACUGUCACAUUAUGUUACAGGGGUGUAAACAGCGAAUCGGAACAAUUGGCUAUGACGCGCGCCGAUCGCGCACAAAUCCGGAAAAAAAACGACGGGAUAAGGACCGCGCCAGUUCGCCCUGCUUCAAGAUCUACGAAACCGUACUGCAAGCUGCUGGAUUUCAUUGAUGAUGAACCUGGCAAGAAUUAAAAGUGCACUGGAUGGUAUUCAGGAUGCUAGCUUGCACAGCAUUGCAGAGACAAUGAGUGGCAUUGAACCCCUGGGAAGCAGUACCAACGCUUCGACUGCAGGCAGCCCAAGAGAUGCAUCCUCAAAGCUCUCCAUGAGACACCUAGAAACAGAUGCCGCAAGGACCUCCAGAGACUCCUUGUUCUCGCCUAUUGGGGAAGCAAAGCACGAACCUGUUGUACAUGUCGGUGGACUGGCGGACUCUCGUUUCAGGAAGUCUGCAUCGGAACCUUUGACAGGCGAGAAGGACUGGAGACUGCCUCAGGAUCAGAGAGACGUCGGCGAAGAUAAAUAUGACCAGAGCCAGAGGACAAAGAAUGUGCGAAUUGCGACCACCUCCGAGACGUUGGUUAAUAGAGCUCUGUUUGUGAAAGAGAGUCACAUGUCGUCUGGAACCAGUGUUGGAGAUGAGUCUAAGCCAUGUGUAGCAUCUCAUCCAAGCUCUGUAGCCGCGAUGAAGAAGUUGAGUGAUGUUGCUGGGAAUUCAGGUUUCGAUGGAACAACAUAUCGUUACAAUUCUCACAGUGAUAUGAUUGAUAUCGAGCAAUGCUCACCCCACGAUGCUUUCAGCAUCUUUUCAUCAGAUACAGGUACUAACACUUCACGUUACCAGGACACCACUUUGACUGCUUCAGUUGGGUCAAGGAUAUCUCAAGGUCAAGAUGAAUCGGUUCCUGGGAUACUGUCAUCGCAGCAACAGCCAUUGUCAUCAAGCCCAAGAUUUGAGCUGCACGGUCUGCCAGAGGGAAGGUCAAAAAAAGAAUUUGAGAAUCACCAAUCCAUUCCAGCUGAACUUGCCGAAAUCGAAACUUUGAGACAAAAUUUGAGCAACAUGAUAACCUCUCCCGGGUUAUCUCAAGAUGAAAGUUUAUCUGAAUUGCUGAUGCUUGACAAGGAGCGUGCUAAGAGACAAUCAACAGAAAGCAACAAAACAGAUUCACUUUUGGGGGCUCAGGUUUUCCAAGGUAUUUCACCAUCCUCUCUGAGACCUGGAUCGGACAGCGGCUUGGCGUCUUACCAACUGUCACAUGUGACCUCAACUCAAAGGUCAGGGGUCAGCACGGUCGAAAGCAGCAUCACCCAAGAGAACAGGGUACUGAGAGAAGGGUUGGAGAGGGAGAGGUGCAGGAGAAAGCAUUGUGAGGAUCAGAUAGCUACAUUGCAGGGUAGGAUCCUCGAAACUCAGCAGCUCCUAGCUGUCGCUCAGGCUACAGAGAAGAAGAAAGACAACAUGAUCGCACAACUUGACAAGACAAUGGCCAAAGUUUCUGCAAGUUUGAAGCAGAGAGAACAAGAGAAAGUUGCAAUGGUUGACAAGCUGAAAGCAGCUAACGAUGCACUACUGCAGGAGAUUGAGAAACAGAAGAUUGUAAUAAGAGAACAAAACAGAGAAUUGGUUGCCAGCAAACAGCGAUGUGAGGACUUCAAGCAAUCAGAGAGAGCUAUGAGAGAUCAGUUAAAACAACACCAAGCAGAAAAUUCUAAGAGAUGGGAGGAAGCACAGAAGAUGGCACAGCUUACCAAUAAACAAAUGGAAUCCAUGGGGGAGGAUUGUCUGAAGGUGGAACGGCAGCUCAAGCAAGUCCAAACUACUUUAGCAUCAGAGAGAGAAGAAUGGAAGCAGAAAGAGGACGAACUGGAGCAGAAAUUUUCAUCCUUGGAGACGGAGCGGACCGCAUCUUUUGAUGAGAUGCAGAGACAACUGCAGGAGGAGAAGAGAACGGUAGAUGAACUGAAGAAAGAUCUUGUCAAAGUGAGAAGAGAAGCCGAUGAAAGUAGGAAGGAAAAGGAAAGUGCCCUCAGGGAAAAGGAGAAAUCUGCUCUGGAGCUGAGCCUGGAGAAGGCCCGGUGGGAAGCCAAGCUGCAGAAGCAGGAGGCGGAGAUCCAGGAUCGGGAAGGAUCAAGGGCGAACGAGAGGAUGGAGAAGAUGAAGAGGGAAGCGGAGGAGAUGGAGGAGAUGCUCCGGGAAGGUCAGAGGAAGCAGGUGUCUGAGAUGAGCGAGAGACACAUGGAGGAGCUUCGGGUGCAGAAAGACGUUCAUCAGAGGGAGAUGAUGCAGAGAGAACAGAGAUGGGCGGACAAACAACAUCAAUAUCAGACAAGGUUGGCUGAAUGUCAACAGGAAAUUCUGAAACUGAACACAAAGAUUGAGAAAGUGCAGCAGCAAAGGUUUGGGAUUGUAAGUAAGCUGCAGCACUUUCUGCAAUCUCAGUGCAACGAAGCUGUGAUGAUGGUCAGCUCUCUAGAGAAGUCUCCCCAAACUCCUGUCAAUGUGAAUGGACACGUGACUGGUGAGAGAGGCUAUGCAAGGCAAGGGGCCAGAGGUCUUGUCAAUCAAGGUCAAAAGGUCAAAAGUGCAGUUGGUCCUUACACAAGCAUUGAAGGUCAGCAUGCAGAGCAAUUAAAGCGUGCCCAGGAGGAGGCCAGACAAGCAAUCCAACGCCUCUAUCUCGAGAAGCAAGAGGAAUUUGACGAAGACGCUCCGCACGAAGCAUCAUCCUUCUACCCUCUUGAAGCUGCCCCGUCCACCCCUACGAACAGUGAGGUGUCGCAGAGUACGGUCUAUCAUGAUAUUGAUGCGUCACAUCUUCAGACAUCUCAUUCUACUGGCAACCAACCAAACAGACAGAGUUGGCCCGUAGACCAGAGACUCCCUGCAACACCCAAUGCAGUCAUUACCAAUGGGGUCAUGAUGCACAAAGGGAUGUUGAACGGCACACUUCAGCGGUUGGACACAAGCCAUUUAAUGAAUGGAAUACCAGCAGGAGAUGAGAUGGAGUCGGGAUGGAUGGGCGUUGACCAGUCGGAUACCGGUCCCUUCCUGGAGAUGAUGACCUCUGAGCGUCAGGAUACAAAGAUAGAACAAGACAUCGUAGGAUGGAUGAGUCAACAUAACUCGACUCUCACUUCGUCACCGACCAAGGAUGGUCCAUCAGAUUACUAUGUCCAGUCAGGUCAAGGAUUAUCUAUUCACAUUCCAGGAACCCUAGCAACCUCUAGCAAUUCUCAGGUCAAAGGUCAUAACACAAGUGACCUUUCCACCGGACCUCUGGACAUGCUUGAUAGCCCGGUCUCAUCAACACAAGGAGAUUUUAGAGAAAUUGCCCUCCAAAAAUACAUCGCCAAGCUCUUAGAACAAUCACCAGGGUCUGUUCAACAAGACUAUCUACCCCAACGUAAUCUUCCGUCAUCAACGGGUAAAACAGUGAUAGAGAAAGAAAGAUUGCAGAGUGGUAUACCACAUGUUGCUAUGGAGCAUCCGCAACGAGGUAGUUCAGAUGUUAGAACCUCUACCACAACAAAGACCUGUCGACAGGUGGUUGCAACUAGUAGAGGCAUGGUUAGCAAAGACAAGAUCAAGAAACAGGCUGGACCUCCCAUUGCUGGACCGAAGAGCGCCCCCAGCAGGCCAAGACCAGCCAUGGGAAGAGGUCAAGAAACUACUGGAAACCCCACCAAGUCGUCUCAGCGAACAAAGGUGUGGCGCUGAGUUUGACAGCCAGCAUCAUUUAUAGGUCAAGAACGGCAUUACAGGGAAGUCGAGGAGACUUGAUAGUAGACCAGGUAAAUUGUCCAAGGUGUGGCGAUGAAUUGAAUAAACAGCGCCAUCUACAGUACAAGAUUAGUAGGCUUCUGAGAAGUCUGAAAUAUCUACAGUGAUAUAAUGUCUUAUAAAAUGUGAGAUAAAUUUGAGAACUGGUGAUGUGUAUGUGAAAGGAAAGG